AGACGCAUGCGCAGGAAGAAGCAAUGGUCUCCACCGAGACGAGCGUACUCUUUCCUACGCGCAGGAUUUCUCUCGCUCCGAGAAACGCAUCGGUGCAUGGUAGAUCGCAUACACAAACACAAAUGCACGCACAACAACAAGAGGAGAGCCUUUUUAAUCCAAAAUGGACGUCGUCGUCCGCACGGAACCUCUGGGCCGCAUUAGGUGUGGUGUUUGCGGUCUUCGCGUGUUUUCGUCGCUAGCGCUGACCAGCAUGUAGUUCGAGCGGCGAAAAAAAGAAAACGGCUGGUGGUAUCUUGGUUCGGCGAUCGAGGCGGGAUUGGUGAGGUGGACGCGGGCGUCGGAGGAGACGGGGCGGGCUAUGUUGGCCUGGCGGACGCGCUACUGCUGUUUCGGCUGUACCGUCAAAGAAGGCACCCUAGUCGUGGGGAUCGCUAUCAUAGUACUCCGCAUCAUCAACCUCAUAUUUAUUUCGCUGGGAUACUCGCAGCUCGACGAGAUUCAGGAGGAGGCCUCUUACAAGCUGACAUGGCUGCCAACACUGUUUGUUACCGGGAUGGUGGACUGCGUGGUCGAGAUCGUCGCCUGCAUUCUUCUUGUCAAGGCUGCCAGUGACGAUAACCGUUACCUUCUGAUUCCGUGGCUCGUGUACAACAGCCUUUGCAUCAUCUCCCACGUGGUCGGGGCCAUCCAUUUCUUCUUUGUGUCCGUCUACGUCGGCCUGGCUGGUGUGAUUGGUGGUAUCCUGGUCAUCAUUUUGAGUGUUCGGAUCUACAUCUUCGUCAUAGUGGCGGUCUACUACAAGCUGCUGCUCCAAAGCCUGCCCUUCGUGCUCCAGAGUGACGAGGAGGUGGAACUCAUCAGCCACAGUGGCUCGCCGGGGCUCGAGUCCAACGGUUCCGGUGCCAGUCCGGAUUUUGGCGGAUCUCUGGUGGAGUUUCCCGGCGUGUCCAUAUGAAGCUCUGCCGCCACCAUGCUCAGUGCCACAGCGCGGGUGCCCCCUCCUCUCCGCGCGCUUUGGCGACCCCAGUGCCACCCAGCAACGCCAGUGUCCGCCGUCGGAUGUCAGCUUGGAUCUAGUCCGACGGAAGUCGUCCGGCUUUUUUCCGAAGUGACCUCCGGCCGGAGGUACGUCGGAGCGGAAAUGGCUUCACUUCCAACGAGACGUAGCUGCCGGUUGAGGUUAGAACGCGCGUUUUCCGUUCGUUUGCCGUUUGCUGAGCGUCUUUGAAAGUGGGUGCGGCUUCGGCUCUGCCUCCGGUAGUGGUGCAGACUCUCCGAGGUAUGCCGGGCGUCCCGUAAUCGGCAAUGCCCCGUCGUGACAACGGGCGUUGCGACUUGCUUGUCCAGGACCGAAGCGUGCCGCCGUUCGUUUUCGGCACUCCGCGUGCUUCCGGAUGCUGCUGGGCUGACUCCGCGCUUGUCAGUGUUGCUUUGUCCGUCGCCAAGUUUCGAGUGCCUCCACCUGUCCUUUUGAAUCCGGAGAUGACCAGCUUUUCGAAUUAACUCUUCGGCCGUUUUUGAGCACCGUCGUUCGAUUGCGGGCACCUUGGGGACCUUCGUCGGCUCGAUACUUGAACACACCGUAGUUUCUAUUACACCUAGUAAUUGAGCUUGGGUCUCAUUAACCUUGGAAAUAAAUGGAAUCCGUAUUCGCCCUACGCGGCAGACUUGUGCCACGAUUUCGAAGGUUUUUCGUAAGUGGUUUCUGCUUCCGUGGAAACCGGGUCCGCGUUUAGUCUCGUAGUGAUAGUUUCGUUGAACACCGAAAUUGCAACACUUCGUCGACUGAGCUAGCGGUUCUGUCACGUCUUCUUUAUUUGAGGGCCUUUCGCGGUGGGCGGGUCAAAAUCUAGUCAAAAUGGUGCUGUGGUCGUUGUCCGCCAACUUGCGUCGCUCGCUUCGUUUCUUGCUUAAAUCAUCUAAGACGGGGGGAGCGUGCCACUAGUUCCACUUCCCCUCUUGUGGGUGGCUUCCCCGUAGCUUCUGAAUCCUACCAAAGUUAAGGGGUCUGCUUCAAAAGUAAGAAAAAAACCAAAGAAAAGUGAAGCUGCCUCUGCCAACUGCCACCUCCAACAUGGCGCCGCUGUAACACUAGUCGUUGAGGGCAUCCUGUGCACUUUGGAGCGUAGCUGCGGCCUCUUUGUCUUUCGGUGUGCGCCUCUCGAGCUCCGGUUUUUGAUAAUCUCGCCAACCCGCCAAUCACGAGAAAGGAUGAUGAAAGGUUUGUCAUCACCUCACCAUCUUUACCUAAAGGGGAGCUACAUCAGUUUUUUUAGCUACGCAAACUAAACACAUUUUUAGAAUACCCCGGUUUUACACUUUCUGGCAUGCUAUUAUGGUCUCUAAAUUCAAAUUAGCCAGUGAUAAAACGUCAAAUGAAGGCGUUGCCAAGAGCAACAUUCAAAUUUUUCCACGCUUAACUUGCGAGUUUAGCAGGUGGUCUAAGAAACAGUAUUUUGUGCGUGUAUUUUUUUUUUUUUUCUGCUGGCUCGAGUUUGACCAGCAUCCACUUCCCACCGUCAAACUUCCUGUAAGCUUCCAGGAACGAGCCGCACUGCCCCCAUGUUGCCCGACAUCUGACUUAGUGAUUUUCGUGUUGCCGGUAGAGCCCUGGGCACCUCAGACCAAAUAUACAACUUCAAAAACUUUGGGAAAGAAAAAAAAAAAAUUAUUGUGGUUCAUAAUUUGGGGUUUUAGUUCAGAUGUGUCCAUUAAAAUGUGUUGGACCAAUUUUGAGACAAGUCAGCCACUCAAAAUUUUGCCUUCGUUCAUUUGUUGCCUGCACACUGUCUGUAAGCCACACUUGUAAGAGCGGUCCAGCAUUCUGAAAAUGGCAAACGCGUCGUGAAUGCCACAGCCGCAAGGGCUGUGUGUUUGGCAAGUCUGUUCAGUUUUUGCUUUUAAUGACUGCGGCCGGGGCGUACGUAAGAGAAGCAGGCGUGCGGCAUUAAGUUAUGUUAGUCUUCCUCGGAUGAACUGCACCUGUUCUGAAGUGUCUCGUGCCGCAUCUUUAAAACUUUUGUUAGGCUCCAGUGCCAUUGGGCCUCUUGGGGUCGUGCUUAUGCAGACUUGGAUAUGUGAAUUUCGCACAGGGGUUGGUCUAUUAUCUUAUUGCAUGUGAAUUUAGUAAUGAAAAAUGGGUACUUGGGCGGCCGAGCGUUGGGAUAAAUAAGGAUGGGGUCCUGUACUAGACAUAGUAAACAUUCAACUUGGUAAGGUAUAGCGGUAGACUAGUGGAUGCAUAGAAACUCUUUCUGAAGGUGCAAAUGUCCUGCUAUGGAGACAAAGGAGAGAACACCACUGCAAAAUAUGCUCGGGCAAAAAGCUGAAGAAAAGAAGGCACCACCGCAACACUAGCAACUGUGUGUCAAACGAGCGCUUUCCGAGAGAAAUCGGAGCAGGGUAGACUUUCUUUCUUCUUUAUAUGUAAACUUGUCCCAUUGAAGACUUUUUUCUAUAAAAAUUAUAUUUAAAAUUGGCAAGUUGCACGGAAAUUGAACAAAACAUUUGUUUGGCCUUGGGGUGGUGCUUGUUGCUCUCACUAUUAAUUCCUGGCUAUCUGUUUUUUUCGUUCAAGAGUUCUUCAUUGUGGUACAGUUGGAGUGGCAAUGGAGGUCUCGAGUGACACUCAUGAUCACCGUAUUUUCUGGGCUAUAGUCUGCACCCAGUUUACAGUAAGUCGCAAAGGCCAAUUUAGGCCGAAAAAAAAGUUUUUGCCUAGAUAGUCCACAUUCAGUGCAUAGUCCGCACAACAUGCAUAAUCCGCACCUUGUGCUUAGUCGACACGAAAAUCUUCUGAUAGAUGGCACACCUUGACAAAUGUCUGUUUUCUUAGCUCACAAAGAAGCUUGUGUUGUGCAUAAAUCAUCAACAUACUCUUUCAUUCCCAAAAUUUGUCACGUCUCGUCAUAAUGAACGAUCUUGAAAAAACUAAAUUCCUGUGUAUUCUGUAGGCAUAGAUAGACUGCACAGGGGGGGGGCUUAAAAUUUCAGCUUUAAAACAUGUGGAGUCAGUGGACUAUAACCCAGGAGAAACGGUAGUAGCCAAGGGGUUAAAGGGACCAUGAAAGAAUUUUCUGAUUGUUACUUAAUAGUGACCCCUUUAAAUCCCAAACGUUUGUGGAACUCGGAAUCUUUUGUAACUUCAGUGCGUCAGCUUUAGCAGGAAAAAAAACAAAAAAAAACAACAACAAUGAAAACCAGAGUUUGAUGUGUCCUCAGCCCGCCAACGAAACGAGCAUUCACGUGUCGUGACAUCUUGGGCCUUGGUGAUACUUUUGGUGCCCGCAGUUCUCGCUCUUCGGCACAUGUCUUCGCAGUCACAUGCCUAGGUCGAAAGCUUACAGCACGUGUUCUGCACCAAGAAACGUGAGGAAGACUGCAUGCUGUGCGUUCCGGCAGCCCGAGGACUUUUUCUAGCCUGGUUUGUACGUAAUUUUGAGGCCGUAGUUUGCUUUGCUUUGAAGGUUUUCCCUUUGUUAGUCAUUGUUUUUGAGGGUCAUUUCAAUUUUUAAACUUGUCCACUUUCGUAAACAUGUUUACAAUUAGAGUUACCCGACUAGAGAGACCAUUUCAUGAUGUAACAUUCAAAUGUCCCAUUCGUUUUCUUUCGACAAUUUCACCAAAUUUUGUACAAUCGCUCGGUAGAUUGCCUCACCGAGUCGGCAUGCAUUGCUCUGCUUCUAAGCGUACCAGACUAUACCCCAUUUCAGCUUAACUUGGCAGACGACGUAAACUAGUGCCUCGUCCCCUCCUCCACGAGAUAUGCAUCCACGCCGAAAAGUAGUCGUGGUACGUUUCUGCUUUGAAUGCAGCAGACCUUUUGUCAAAGUACCGAGCAGCAGUGAGGACACUGGGAGCGUAGGUAUGUGGGCUGCACGUGCUUGCCUCAUCUUCGUAAAGGUUUUAAAGUAGGGCUUUAACGAAUGCAUGUGCAAAGUUUCACGGCAAAAUUCCACUUGAGCAGACUUCAAGCUUCUUAAGGAAAUGUUUUAAAGUGGAAGUUAACUGAAUGCCUAUAAUACAAUAAAAAAUUUUGGUAGGGACGUUUACAGAAGUUUGUUUAUCGGAGUAGUUUGUUCGAGUGGUAUUUCACUGCAUUUAUCUUACAUUUCACUGCAGAUGCCAGCACGUGCUGGCAUCUGCAGUAUUACUCAAUUGUUUUUUGCGCAUUCAUUUUCACCUCAGAUUGAUACUGUUAGGAAUGUUUCUUUUCACAUACGUUGGAAUUUUGUUGGGCCUUCCGAGAGUGCAGUUGCCCUGAGCAAUCAAACAAUCAUUUGGAAAUCGGUGUUCCUGAAGCGGCUUCGUAACAUGAAUUGGCAAGCCAAUAUAUAGCUUUGCGGAUGCUUAAAUGGCUCUCUGAAACAGUCUCCCCACAUGUACACGGCGCUUCGGGAGCGGCAGACACUCCUCCAACUUUUUGGUUCAACAGCAGACGACAACUGCCUGCCUAGCAGACGACAGCUGCCUAGCAGACGACACCCGCCUCCUGUGUCCUGCACUUCCGGUGCAGUAAUACGUACGCUCCUGCGGAAUGGUGUUGUAUUCCUCAGUCCUAAGCUCUUGGUCCUGGUCCAGAUGGUGCAAUAACCCAAGCAAUUUUGGUGUUUUGUCCCUUAGAACGGGUUUUCGGGCUGUAGCACAAACUCCUGGGAUCGGGUCCGACUCAAAAUGGGUGAGCAACUCGAAUAUCUUGGACACGCUUGUGGAGGCAGCAAGCAGCCAGUCAGGAACGCAAUAUUUUUGCGUGACCUCCACUGUACUGAUGAUGACAAUAACUUGAUGUAGGUUUUAACAUAAUUUUGUUUAGCAAUGGAUCCUUUUUGCGGCUAAAUGGCUUCGGUGAGAUCAGUUAGGGUCCUGAACAUUAUUUAAAGGUAUUAAAGCACGUAACUAACGCUUUUGAGUUGAACCGGUGCAAGAAAAUUAGCAUUUUAACGACGACAUAGCUAUUCGAAUUUGAGUGGUCGCUACGGUGCUUGUUGCUGGUGUUGCGACGUCGAGACACUGGGCAAAAUUGCGCCAUCUGAAACGGCCUUUUUGGAUUACUGAGGGCCUGGCCUCCGCAGUUUGCCGGAUUAUCGUGAACUGGAGCAUAGCUUGGGAUUUGCAAGGGGUGACCAUUUGCAGUGCUGCACCGUUUUCCUUGUUAUGCAUUCAUCUCGACUUUCUUUUUUUCUCGUGUUUUGCAGGGGGACCUUGGCGAAUUCAGAAUGUAUUUAUGGUGGACGCCUUAUUUAGGCUGGUUUAAGUUCCGAUCCCAUCGUGUCUCAACAAGUGGAAAGCCCCCAUUUAGUGCACCUCUAAAAUGUCCAAAAAUCAAGAUUGUGGCAAAAAAAGAAAAAAAAAAUGGUACCAAACACUUUCACGUAAUAAGGCACAGAAAUUCAUACUGCUGUAGAUCCCGUUGCAUUUUUUUUUAUGUUCACCUUUGGUUUUGCUUAUAUUUAGCUUCGUGUAAAUGUUUGUUGACUUCUGGCCCUCUCCGACAUCUUUGGCCUCUUUUGUGGGCCCCAGCUUUGUGCUGCAUCGCAACAUAGAAAUGUGACUCCGAAAAUGCUCACAAGCGUAUGCCAUUUUUGCCCCAUCGAUUACUCGUGUCGCUUCAUUUCCCGUGCACCAAUAUCCUUUUUUUUAUCCUUCGAGACUCGUAAAAUUUGCUGGUGCGGACUGAACAGACCGUCUAACCAGUAAACAUUCUCUUCCUUGUGCCCCAUGUGAAAAAGAUUAAGGCGGGCGAACGUGCAAGCUUGAAGUUAUUUUUGUUUCCUAUGGAAUUCCUAGAGAAAACUGGACUGGCAAUUCUAUGUUUCAUGUUUUCGUGUCUUUCCCUUUCUAUUUUAUGACCGCGUGCCUACAUGCUCAUCAAAUUGAAGUGUCCCCAGGACAUUGUUUUGCAGCAACAUAUUUGUUGUGCCCAAGGCACUCUUCUUCAAGUUGCAACUAGAAAUUGAAUUGUUGGCAUUCAGCUUUGGCUCAUGACCAAUACCAAAGAUGCAAGCGCAGCGCAACAAGGAACAAAUUCGCUGCCUCCCUCCUUAACCAGGCUUUCGGGUUAUCUUCCGGGAUUAUCUCGAUGGUGGAGCAUCAUCUUAGUGAUUUCGAGAAAGAGCGAGCCGGCGCAAGUUUGCUUUGAUUAUUCCCUAACACGUCGGCACUCGAAGUCCGACGAGGUCGUCCAUCGUAAAUUAGCAUUUCGUUGCGCUGCUGGUUUUACCCGGGACAGCCCACCCAUGCUCGAUGCUGGCAAGGGAGUGCACCGUCGAGGCGGUAGCACGUCGAUACCAUUUAGCCGUAUGCAUGUAAGCCGUAAUGCCACCGCACCCAUAGUCUUGUGCGUGCCACACGCUUCAAAGACGCUCACAAAUGCCGAUUCGCCGGAUCUUCCACGGCGGGCGUUGGAACAAAGGACCACAUACCCUUACUGCAUUUUGUUUUUUCUAGCUAGACGGCACGGGAGCGCGUGCCAUGCUCCCGCGUCGGCCGUAAGAGAGAGGGAGAGGGUGGUGUGGACGGUCGGUUCUGCUGUCUGGCAGGGUUGCCAAGCGAACGUUCCGACUCGGGCGUUCAACGAAAUUUAUACGAGCGUUGCACGUGUCGGAGAGCGCUCCCGCCGAUUGUAAUGUCAAGCCAAGAUGUUCUCGGCUCGACGUCGGCUCUUGCAGUGCCCUUGUGGAGAAAGUGCCCCCUCCCCCCUUCGAGAUGCGCUUGGCAGGUUUGCGAUUUCGUCUGCAAGGAGCUACCAAGUAACCUGGACCCUCCGAAAUAUCCCAAUAGAGAAACGUUUGCUUGCAUGCACGGACGUUGGUCCUGCAUAAAAUAGAAGAACGAGGAUGCGGGAAACUCGGAUGCCCUUGAGCUUUGCACCCAGCCUCGUUGCCGAGCCAUCUGGUACCGACUUUGGAAGUUGACGGUGCCCGACGGACCUUCGCGGUACGUCCUCUGCACAUUUUCGAUAACCGAAAUUGCCAGAAAUCUGUUUUUGCAGAAACUUCAAAACAGACGUCUGCAGUGAAAGUACUUUGUCGUCUACUGCCGUUUCCUAGCGUCGUUCGAUCCAGAUGAAUCCGUUCUGGCUUGUGAUUGGUUGUCCCAUAAAGGCCGAUUAAUGUAAACCUUUUGCGGAACGAGUAGCGCGAUGAAUGUGGCGAUGACUCCAUUUAGGCAAAAAAAGCGAGCGUGCAAUGUGGCUUCCUAGCUGCGCCGAGGAUUACUCCUGGAGGAUUACGGACACUCGUCUGAUGAAGCCGUCUUCCCUUGGGAGAGGUCUGUUUGGCCAGUGCAAUAUUUUUGUUACCUCUAGAUGGUGGUGCUUUUGCAGAAAAGAGACAAUAUCGACUUGAAACGUCAGAAUGUCUUAGAAAGUCUAAGACUGCGUCAGGAUCCGUUUGGGCAGUCCAAAUCCUGUCGAGCGCAGCUUCGAGCUGGGGCAGGCGGAGGGCCCUUUCUGGCUGUACAUACAAAGGACUCCACCCUGUUUGCAAAAUGGGGCUGCUUCUUCCCUACGGAGGGCGUCGUUUUUUCAUCUUGCAACAAACUAUUCAGUGUAGUCAACAUGUAUACGAAAGGUUGUGAGACUCUCGGCUUCACAUUUUUACACACCUCGUAGACGUAGCGCUUUUUUCAAAACGUGGUUUCCAGCGUCGACACACUUUUGGCGGCUCUUUUCGUAGCUCUAGGUAGCUUUUUUACGGCAACGACUCCGAAAACUUGCCCCCCCCUCCCCCCCACUGCCGCAUUCGCCGUGAGCGGUUCCGGUCUUCGGCGUGCCUCCCUCCCGCCCAUAUUGCACCGUGGCCGGCGUCCCAACUGAGAAACGCCGUCGCGACAGGCACCUUCUGCACCCCACUAUCGAUCGCGAAGAAACGUUUGCCUCAUGUUCUUCUCCCUAGGCUUAACGAAGGGCUUCUUUCAAAAUGAAAGCAUUUAGGAAGGACGUAGCGAGUCCCAGUCGUCGCUAGCAUCGCAGUUGCACGAGGACUCUACUUUGCUAAACCUUUGAAGAACGAAAAACGAUAGAAUGACGCGUCCCGUGUCGUCUUGACCACACCACCCCCGUCAACAAGCGAGUCCUUCGGGCGUGGCGACCCGUGUUCACCGAAUUCGGCAAAUCUGAAUCCUUCGAGCACAGCGAUUCUGAUUCGCCGAACACGAAAGAUUCACUGCACCGACGACUGAAUCGGGGUUCCCAUGCCGCGUCGAACGGGAUUUUGAACUCGUCCCAACUGGGCAGCGACCUCCAAGCUGACGUUCAGUUCGCAUUUUCCGCCCGUCUUCCGCUUGCCUUCUUCGCCGCCUCGAAAGUUUGACUUCCUCCUCUUCGACUGGAAAGUGCGUGAAGCUUUGUCCCCCUCUCGCGCUUCCUCCUCGUGUUUCGUCGCGCGUGACUCGCGCCUUCGAAAACUGCCGAAAAUCUUUCGAUGGUUUGUCUGGGUUCGAGUUCUCUAUCCACAUUAUGAUUCAGAGGACUUGCCCUCACCUCAUAUCCCUUGCUUUACCCAGGCGUAGCGAGGCACUUUCCCCCUUAAGCUUCUUUUUGUGCACUGUUUCACAUUAAGUUCGGCAGCAGCCAACGCUACUACUCGACGGAGCCGAUCGAGCGGUGCCAAAAGUGUAUCGUCAGGUGCUCGUCGUGCUUGCUACCACCGGCACGACCGUUCGCAAACAAGCGAACGUAAAGUGGUCCCAUGCUCUUUUUGCAUGCACGAUUGGUCUCGCUAGUGAUGGGGGGCAAACGCGCUAAGGAAACGAUCACCGAGACGACGGCUUCGACAGAUCGUAGUGUUGGCUGCGGUUGAACUCGACGAAAGAAGGAACGCAGCCUUUGCACGGCCGUACGGGAAUGCGUGUUCGUUCUCGGCCGCCUUUAUUUAUUUCGCACGAAGCGGCCAACUUGUUUCAUGCUUUCCGAGCACCGUGGACGGCUGCGACGGCUCUGUUCGAACGAAAGUCGAAAUCCCGUUUCGUGCCACCCUUUAUACCCCGCGGGGCACGCGUUGACAAGCUUUCGACGAUACCCGAACUGUUUUCGCUUCCUCGCCGCACCGCGUGCACGCCGGUCGCAACAGCCAAGUGCCUACGUUACCGAACCUAGCCGAAUGCGUUUGCUGUCCCGCUCGUUGACCGCACUUCGCUCUGCCGCCGAGCCGAGAUGGCGGGCAGGAGCUACGUACCGGCCGGACGAAUCAAGCCAUCGGCAUUGCGCGAUGUGACUGCUCAUCACGAGUGAUUACGUACCCAAGGCACGGUUGUCUAUGCCGUCGUCUGUUCGCCCUCGGUUCCCGGAACAUGCCUCUGAUUGGCGUCUACCAUCCCAUUGUGACCUAGCGUCGAAAGUGGUAGCUGGAGUGGCAACAAACAAUGUCGUGGGAGCCAAAGUCCAUGGGCGUAGGAAGCUUCUGGUGGCAGCAUGAGGCCACCGGAGGUGAAGCCAGGAGUGUGGAGGGACACGACCCCAAUGGUGACCAAAACCAAGAGACGCUAUUGUACGAAAAGGAGAGCCGUCUCAACAGCUGUUUUGGUGGCCCCGAGGGUGGUUGAAAGAGCUUUUCAGUCAGAUCUCGUUUUCGUCCAGUAGUGUCUCUCGGUUUAGGUCGUCGUUAGGGGCGUGUUCCUCCACACUCCUGGCUCCCCCCUUUGGGGUUGUCACAUUGCCUCAGAAAGCUUCCCAUCUCCGUGGCAAACGACUUUUGAUCCGCAGACAGUGCCACUAAAUAAGCUAUGCUUCAGAGGAACGACACUCGCCCGUAUUGUGGCUUGAAAUCAUGGUUGCAAGUUAUCUGAUGCUUUAUCUGAAAUCGCAGGAAACGCUUUUCCGUCCUCCACUAAUGUUUAAACAAUUUGCGGCAGAGCAAAGCAAUAUUGCGUGAGCUUCCUAACACCGAAUCGAACACUGAGGAAAUCACACUUUCGAAUCAUGACGAUAGGCAGUUGCAUCUGCUUUGCACAAGCACCAAAAUGGCGGUGCCCGCAGCAGUGUUGGCGAACAAAGUGCCGAUACACCAAGCGCAGCUCAUUUAGUGGCUAUAGGCGGAAUAUGACGCUAAACGCUAUGAUGUGCGGGCAGAAUAAGACUCGAAACGCAAGUUGCAGAUGCGUUCCAGGUGCCGUAGCUCGGCCGGUGCACAGAUCCUGGCCCGCCACCGGCCCGGGUUUGGCAGUGGGCGGUGCGUGGCGCACAUAGUCGUCGGUUCUGUUUCUCGAACCGCAGUGCGCGGUGGUUAUUCCUUUCGCCGACAACCACUGCCCGGACAAGAGUCGGCUUUCUACUACUGUCCCGGUAGCCGAGACUAGCAAUUUUUAAGGGAAGUCCUAGACUAGCGUGCAAGAAUGCAUUUCAUGGAUUUCGUCUUCGUCAUUUUUUUUUGUUCUCUUUUUUUUUCUUCGGCGUCCAGAACAGUGGCGGCCAACGUUGUGGCCGGCGCGGGGUAUUUCGGUCCCCCGAUCUACGCUGUGGUCCUUCGGGGCGAGUUGUUAGGAGUUCUUCGUUACGUAGCCAAAAGGCGGGAAAAAAAAAAAGAAACGAACCGUGGAGCUCAGAUUCUAGCAGCUUUCUUUUCUGAGAAGUUUGCUGUUUCUUCCGUUUCGACGCUGAAUGUUUUGAGUCUGUUGAGAGGUAUUUAUUUGUCGAAGGAAGUGGGCAUUGCGUGCCGUCUGUGACCCGACCCGCUUUUGAUGAAGUCUAAAUUUUUUUCCUCAAAAUGUGCCGUUUUACGUCAAUGGCAUGUGGCUAAUCGUACUCAAAACUUUGUUUUCUCUCGGUGUGUUUUUUAUAUAUCAACAGCCCGUGAUAUGUGAUUCAGGCUUUAUUCGCCUUUCUUGUUCCAAAACCUAAGCUCCAGCCAAAGGCUAGAAUGGAGCAAAUAUGCGGCGAACGAGACAAACUUGGCCUUACGGCGUGUUUGCUUUGCACACGGCGUCGACAGCCACGUUUCGCCACUAUGUGCAGAGCAAAUGCCAUUGGGCAAAAUUCGUCGCUUCUUUGCAGCAUAUUCUCAAAGUCCAGCCCUUGGCAUGCAUUAUUUUUAGUUUUUCCUAAAGUGUUUUUUCUUCAGCUUUGAGACGACAUAUGUGAAAAAUUGCAAAAAUAAAGCCAAUAUUUAUUAGGUUUUUUCUUUUAAAUCAGGUAAGGCUGUUUGAAAGUUUGUUAUUGACAGUUUCUCAUACACUGAAUGGUGCUUGUUUCUUAUGUGUUCUGCUUUUCUUUUGAUAUAGCCCCCAUCAGAAUGAAAGGGCCGUUUUAUGUGUGAGCCAAAAUUCUUUGACUCCUUUUCACCUCAAGAACCAUAUUAAAAUCUGCUUGGUUCCUUGGGGAGUGUUACUAAUUUCCUCCUUUAUUCAGUGAAUCAAGUUACUUGUAUACGCAAUUAAGAUAAUUUAUUUGUUAUUUUGUCAUGAUGUACACAUUUUGACACUCGUAAAGAUGUUUUUUUUUUUCUUAAUUUUCCGAGAGCCAAAGGUUGUUGAAACUGCUUUUUGCAGUGAAGGCGCUAUGUGCUAAACUUUUUUUCUUUUCUUAAGGUGACAAGUAUAGUAUCUUUUAAUUGGGUCUCCAUGCAAUGUGUUCAAAGUGUGUUGAGACAAAUAUUUAGAAUUUUUUUUCAACGACUCGUUUAUUGUCCGGAGUUUAUGUCUGUGUUUGAACUGUGCGAGUAAAUUAUUUCGGCACAACCUGUUUCCACCAUCGGUGUUGACAUGACAAAGCAGCUAAAGCGAUGUUUCUACAAUAUUGCCAUAGGUUGGCUACCCAACAGUAAUCAGCUUGCAGUAACCACCGUGGCAACAUAGAUUUAUGUAUCUGUUGCUUUGUUUUUCAGGACACUAUAUAUAUAGUGGAUUGUUUUCUCUUGCUUGUCAAGAGAUCCAAUGGUUGUGGCACCUUGAAUAUUUAUCGAAGGAAGAGUUGCGUGUUGUGCGUUUUGACACGGCUGUCCGAUAUUCGACUACACAAUUGUUGCCUUUUCUUCGUGCUUGAUAGUCUUGCCCUCUCACACCCUUUUUUUCCCAAGGCAUUGCACAAAUUGCAAGUGCAAAAGGUGAAAAUGCUUUUCUGUUUGCAUUACAAGUUGCUAGUCAUAUUUGUUUUUAGGAACAUUGUUUUCUGCUCGUGUUUGUUGAAGGCGAGCUUAAACAGGAUCAGUGCUGUUUUGACGUAUUUGCAUUGGACUUUUGAAGCAUGCAAAGGAAGCAUUGCUCCUCUCUCAUCGUGGGCUAUAGCACGUUGGCAGACUUGAAGUCAGCAUUGUACACAGACUGCACAAAAUAUACUCGAAUUUUUUCUAGUCAGCCUCCUCUAAUGUAUCUUUUUACCAAGUACAGUUGGCUUUUGCUUAGUUUGGUUUCUAACAGCAGUCAAAGACACCUCUGGUGUAUUCAGUGUUUGGUGAGAUGAAUCUCUUCUGGACUAACAAGUGUCUUGUGCGUUUCUUUUGAAACAUCGAUGGACAUUUCUGCAUCGUCUGAAUGAGGUUGUGCUUCUAAUGGGUUGAGGCUGCGUUCAGCGUCAAGUUACUGUUUUGGAGUUGCCCUGGUGUGACCCGAGUUGCACCGAGCUUGCUCCAAACUGCCCACUGAAAUUCACCCAUGGUGGGAUAUGUGUACGUUUUCGCUUAAAAGAUUGUGAGCGUGACCGACUACGCGCCUUUGAGGAUGUUUUGUGCGUUUAGUCCCUGAACAUAACUUAGGUUGUCUUGAAGUAUUUGCCGUUCGGUUUUUGGCCAUCAUUUGUGAACACUUAUCAGCAUUUCUUGAUUGUUUGGAUGUUGUUUUUUGUUGAAAUAAAUCUAAUCGCUGAUAGUUUGGA